AGACUCUAAAAUUUCUUAAAUCUAUUGAUUCCAUGUCUAUGAAUUUUCUGGGAGCAACCCUAAGUUUGCCCUGUUUUUUCGGCGGGCUUAAUAAUGUUUUCCUUUUUUAUGCUUAGAUUUGUAAAUCUUAUAACAGUAAAUUUUGUUGAGAGGAAACCCCGAGACUUCUGUACUUUUUGCAAGGGUUUGUUUCCCUUGCGUUGUUAAAAUAUAAAAUUAUGUCGACACUGAAAAGUAAAACCCUGGAGAAACCCUAUAUCUGCUAUCGUUUUUUCAGGAGAUUUAGUUUGUUAUAUUUUAUUUAUUCAUGUUUGCAAAAUCUACGACACUGAGAAUUUUUGGAUUCACCCUAUAUCAGUUAGCCUUACGCUUUUUUAAGUGGAAUACAUUUAUACUAGUUUUUGCUUGAUCAAAUAUUUGGGUAAACCCCAAGCCUGAUAUCUUUGGAUGUUAAGCUAUUUCGAGGGGACUUUGGUGCGAUGGACAUCUCUGAGUCCAGCACCCGCCAUUAUGAAAAGCGGCGCUCUACUGUGGAGAGUCCAGAGUCACCGCGAGAUCGGGAUAGGGAUGGGGAGGAUGAGGACUGGGAUGUUUCUGAGCGCCGAAGGGACAGGCAUCGGUCAAGCAAGUCUAGGAAACGGGGCAAUCCUGAUGAAUAUUCUGAGGAUUGGCAGCAGACAGGAAGUAGGAGGAAGAGUGGCAGUGGCAAAAAGAAAUUGGUUACAGCCAGCUCAGGAAGGGCAGGGAGUGGUGACGAGGAUGAGUAUGAUGACAAAGGUGUGAUUGGCCCGAGAUCAGAUGAUUAUGGGACCAGGGGCAGUAAUGCAGAUAAUAAACGUGACAGGGAUAAAUUGGACAAAAAAUCUAGCAGUGGUUACCAGGAUGCAACAAGAAAAAUGAAAGAAGAGAAUGCUGGAGCCAAACCAGAGGAUGAUAGAUCUAGACAGCACGCUUUUACUGAUUAUGACAGAAAUCUGCCAAGGAAGGCUACUGGAACUAUCAGAGCCGGGAAAACAGAAACUACUGCAGUGAAAGCAGCAUCUGGCUAUGAGACAUCUCAAAGCAGAAACAGAGGCAAAACAAGUGAUUUCUAUAGGGAAAGUGACGCUGAGAAUGCACCACAAGAAAGGGGGAUUGCUAGACAAGGUUCAGAUGAUACUGCAAGGUAUACAGAAAGGAAAGGAAGUGGAAAAGAGAAGGGUCAAGGAGGCAAAGGCAGCAGCAAAUAUGAAAAGGAUGACAAUGGAAGGAGAUGGGAUGAAGCCGAUUACUCAAGGUCUACCCCAAAGGUUGUUAAUGAGGAUCUGGAUAUAGAUAAAGGUGACAGGAGGGUGGGUAGGGGCAGGGAGAAACUUGGAGGUGGGAGGGAGAGAGAAAAUGAAACAAAUGAUUUUCCUUCGAAAAGCAAGAGCAGGUUUGGAGAAGCGUUGACAUUCCACAAUGAAGGGAAACCUGCAAGAGCAAGUGACCGGGAUGAAAGGAGGACAGAAGAAGCUGAAAGGAGGCCUAAGGGUAAGGGUAGGUUAGAAAUGCAUGCAGAUGAUGAGGAUGCAAACAAGGCAAUCAAUAUGGAUAAGUUGGAUGAUAAGCAGCAGCGUAGAAUUCGAGAUACAUUUGACAGCAUGGCCGAAGAUUUUGAGAGCUGGGAAAAGUCUGGAGGUCAAAGGCAAUCCUUCAAGGUGCAGGAAGAGAAAAGCGAAAGGCAUAAGAACUUCAGGGAGUACGGACAUGGUAGAUGGGAUGAGGCGGAAAAUUGGGAUAUACAAGAUAAUGAGGAUGAGCAUGUUGAGAGAGGAAGAAUGAAGGAAAAAAGGGACAUGGGUUGGGAAGACAUAGAAGAUAGAGGCAGAUCUGGUCGGGGUCGGAGUGGAAGGGGAGUAAGGCACAUGAAAAGGUCUUGGAGUCCUGAAGGUAGAAAAAGAGCUCGACGAGAUUCUGAGGAGUUUGACAGAGAGUUUUCUGAUGACAGAGGUGAUUCGGAUACAGAAAGAAGCAUCAGUUUGAAAGGAAAGGACAGAGAUCGAGAUGUGUAUCGAGAGGAUAGGCCUAGAGAGAAGGAUUCUGAUUGGAUGGAAAGAUCUAGAGAUUGGGAAGGUUCCAAAGAUCAUAGGAAAAGUCGAUAUUAUGAUAGACAUGAUAAGGAUUUAAAGGGCGAAGAAGGGGAUUAUGAUUUUGAGCGGGAUUGGGAAUUUCAUGGACGUGAAAGAGAGAGAUUGGAAAGAGAGAAAGUACAAAGGGUAGUCACAGAUAGAAAGGACAGGGGGAGGCUGGAAGGAGUUAAAAGUGUAACAAGUUUUGGCAGUAGCAAUGAUGCUUUGGAUAGAAGAGCCGGUUCUCUUGAUUAUGGAAGAGGUGACUCUGGAUCUGCAUUUGGUUCAAGUAGAAGAAAUGAUAUAGGAGGCCCUUCUGAUUUUAUGGGAGAGGGUGACUGGGGGUUUCCUCCUGAUGAUAGAGGAAGAAUGGGUGAUGUUUAUGCUGCUGGCAUUGAUUCACGUGAACGGUACGAUGAUGAUGCUCCUCCAGGCCUUGAUCAAAAUUUUGGCAUGAAUCCAGGAAGGAUUACUCCAGAUGGGUCAAACAUGCAUGGUGGAAGAGGCAGAGGACAUAAGGGAUCUUUGAAUAAUCGUGGUCGUGGAGCAGGGCAAAUGGGUAAUGGAGGACAGUCUUCUUUUGGAAGCAACCAAGGGUCUGGUUCCUUCACACGGAUGAUGCAGCAAGGAGGGAAGGGUGGACGGGGUGGUAGAGGACGGGGUAGGGUGCAGGGAAGGGAUACACAGCGGGGUGGAAUUCCGUUGCCCAUGAUGGGUCCAGGCCCUGGACCUGGUGUACCUGCCAUGGGCCCUCCAUUUGGUCCUCUUGGAUUGCCCCCAGGGGCCUUACAAGCAAUGGGUCCUGGUAUGGGUCCUGCUCCUGGUCCUCCCAUGGGUCCUGGUGGUUUUCUGCCCCCUCCGUAUGCGGCAGGUCACAUGGUCUGGGGUGGGGGUCGUGGUGGUGGUGAGAUGAACAUCUUAGCUGUUCCUCCUGGUUUAUCUCCAGUCCCUCCACCAGGCCCUUCUGGUCCGAGAUUUGUGCCAAAUAUGGGACCUGGUCCAAAUCAAGGUGUAUACUUUAAUCAGCCUGGGCCUGUCAGAGGUGCCUCUCCAAAUAUGUCAGGGGCAGGAUAUGGGAGUGUUAAUCCAAUGGGUCGAGGUAUGGUUAAUGAAAAGGCAAAUGUGGGAAGAGUUCCUCCAAGGAUUACAGGUCCUCCUGGUAAAGCACCUUCAAGAGGUGAGCAAAAUGAUUAUUCACAAAAUUUUGUUGAUACAGGCAUGCGACCCCAGAAUUUCAUCAGAGAACUAGAACUCACAAAUGUGGUUGAAGACUAUCCUAAACUGAGGGAGCUAAUCCAGAAGAAAGAUGAAAUUGUUGCAAAAAGUGCUUGCCCUCCUAUGUAUCUGAAAUGUGAUUUGCGUGAAACCGUGCUUGCUCCCGAAUUGUUUGGAACAAAGUUUGAUGUCAUCCUCGUUGAUCCACCCUGGGAGGAAUAUGUACAUAGGGCUCCUGGUGUUGGGGAUCAUAUGGAGUACUGGACAUUUGAAGAAAUUCAGAAUAUUAAGAUAGAGGCAAUUGCAGAUACUCCAUCGUUCAUUUUUCUUUGGGUUGGUGAUGGUGUGGGACUUGAACAGGGACGUCUUUGUCUCAAAAAGUGGGGAUUUCGGAGAUGUGAAGAUAUUUGUUGGGUCAAGACAAACAAGGCCAAUCCAUCUCCAGGCUUACGUCAUGAUUCCCACACAUUAUUUCAGCACUCAAAGGAGCAUUGUUUGAUGGGUAUAAAGGGAACUGUUCGUCGGAGUACUGAUGGGCAUAUAAUUCAUGCUAACAUUGACACAGAUAUAAUCAUUGCAGAAGAACCACCUCAAGGAUCAACUACAAAGCCUGAGGAUCUAUAUCGUAUAAUUGAACACUUUGCCCUUGGUCGCCGACGCUUAGAGCUUUUUGGUGAGGACCAUAAUAUACGGGCAGGUUGGCUUACAGUCGGCAAGGGGCUUUCAUCAUCAAAUUUCAAUUCAGAGGGCUACAUCAAGAACUUUUUAGAUAAAGAUGGGAAAGUUUGGCAAGGUGGAGCUGGUCGUAACCCACCUCCUGAUGCUCCUCACCUCGUUGGAACCUCACCUGAGAUAGAAAGUCUUCGACCUAAAUCUCCACCACAAAAAAGCCAGCAGCAGCAAACAAAUUCUGUUUCACAGCCUGCAGCGAAUUCUACAAGCAAGAAGGCUUCAUCCACAUCUCCAGGUCCUGCACAGAAUACACAACCAUCAGCUGUGGCAACUUCUGUUGGUGGAUCUGCUCAGGAAGUUCAAGUUUCCAAUGCAUUAGGCUCAGUACCUGCUUUGCCUGUGUCAGAAAUGUCUAGAACUGGCAGUUCUGUUCCAAUUAAUGAACAAAGACCAGUUCCUGUGCACCCAAGCUCCUCUAAAACGUCAAGUAUGGGGCCGAGAGCUGGCUUGGAGGUUGAUGGCAGCACUGAGGAGGAAAAAUUUCUAGAUGCAGGAACGCCUGGAAACCUGGAUUCACAGAAGUAAAAUCCUUCCUAGUUGCCUGCUAGAUGCAGGUGUUUUAAAUGGAGGCUCUGACAGCACCUGUUCUUCUUGUAUCAUGCAUAUCACAGCAACUGCUAUUUUUAAAUUGUCAAGGACAGACAGAAAACCAUACAACUAUUGCGGAGGGAGAAAGCUGCUGGAGGUUUGGGUUCUGAGUAUUCCAAAUUAUUUUGUUGUUUUUAUUGAUCUGAGGGAAUUUUUCCUUUUUCCCUUUGUAUCUAUGCCCCCUGUUACUAGAUGGCUGAUAAUUUCGGUCUCUUAAUUGAAGUCUGGAUUUUAGAAAGUACAUUUUGUUCUAAAAUAUCCUUGAUUCAGUUUUCCAGUGAGUGUAUUCAUUAUA